AUGUUCCAAUUACCUUUAGUAUCGUCUUCUUAUCCUUGGUCCAUUUAUGUGGUGGACAAAAGGGGUGAUGGUGUUGAUAAACCGUUCCCGUGGAUACCUUUGCAGAGAACUCUGAUGGAGCACGUGUCGGCCGAUCAGAUCGUCCAUUUCUCCAUGGAGGAAAUCCAUUCGGACAGGGUCCGCAAAGCUCGAGUGUUGAUUGGCCGGUUUUUUUCGGAAAAUAGCCUAUCCCUGGUGGAGCUGCGAGACUCGGUGAAUACUCAUUGGCAAGGUCAAGGGCGGAUUCAGGUGCGACUGGCAACACACGGGCUCUAUGAAUUCACCCUCCCCGAUGAAGCGGCCAAGCUCUGGGUCCUUAGGCGAAACCCAUGGGUGAUCAAGGAUAGGAUCCUCCAGCUCCGGGCAUGGACCCCGACAAUCACAAAAAGGGUCUUUGAUAAACUAGCAAUAGCUCCAUUUCGUGUUCAAAUGUGGGACAUCCCAGAAUAUUGUUGUACCCAACAUUUUGGCCGCAAAAUGGCGAAUGCCACAAUCGGCCAUGUGCUCGAAGCUUGA